AUGGCAGAGGAGAGGCUUGAAUUCACGUUCAGGCCGACAAUGCCCAAAGCGCCGUCGACAGAUGGGUACGAUAAUGGCGACGUGUCUUCCAAUUUGUCGUCCAUUGGACCUUCACAUGAAAUGUAUAACACGCACAUUCGGCAUGGAUUCGGAGUUAUCUCGCCAGAAUGGAUGCAGUACUUGGCAGAAAAUUUUUGGAACUACUACGAGGAUAAGCGUCACGAAACCGGCGGCGAACCUCAGGCUGUAAACCGCGAGCAAACCGAAUCCUGGCGAAUCGCUGACCGGCAUAGAACCGUAAACGCUGCUCUGGUUUUGUGUUUGAAUCUUGGUGUUGACCCGCCGGACAUUAUCAAGACUCAACCAUGUGCCAAAAUGGAGGCCUGGAUCAACCCCACUCACAUUACUGAUUCCAAAAAGGCUAUUGAGCAAAUCGGUAAGAAUCUACAAAGUCAGUACGAAACAUUGAGCACUCGCACAAAAUACAAGCAAUGUUUAGACCCCAAUGUUGAGGAUGCAAAGCGAUUCUGUAUGGGUCUUCGGCGAUCGGCUCGCGAAGAACGCAUCCUAUUCCACUAUAAUGGUCAUGGCGUGCCGCGCCCAACCAGAUCAGGCGAGAUUUGGGUUUUCAACCGUGGCUACACUCAAUACAUUCCUGUCUCUGUUUAUGAGCUCCAAACAUGGUUGGGUGCUCCUGUUAUAUACUGCUACGAUUGUUCUGGUGCUGGACAUAUCGUCAACAACUUCCUCAAGUUUGUCGAGAAACGUAAAAAUGAAGAGCAGAAAAACGGCCAGCGUGAUCCGGCCGCAACUCCAGCUGCCGUAUAUGAUAUGUGUAUUCAAAUGGCUGCUUGCCGUGCCGAUGAGGUGUUGCCAAUGCAUCCUAACCUUCCUGCUGAUAUGUUUACUUGCUGCAUCACCACGCCGGUAGAGAUAGCAGUCAAGUGGUUCGUGAUGCAAAAUAAUUCUUUGCUCGGACUAGACCCGGAAAAGACAAGUAUUCCUGGCAAGGUCACGGAUCGCAGAACCCCCUUGGGUGAGCUCAAUUGGAUCUUCACUGCCAUUACAGACACAAUUGCUUGGUCGGCUCUUGACACGCCACUGUUCAAACGGCUUUUCCGCCAGGACCUUGUUGUUGCUGCAAUGUUUCGAAACUUCCUUUUAGCAGUGCGAAUUAUGCGUGUUCACAACUGUCACCCAGUCUCCCACCCUGAACUUCCGGAUACCCAUUCUCAUCCCCUCUGGGCUUCUUGGGAUCUGGCAGUAAACCAAUGUUUACUGCAGCUACCGGCAAUGGAAAAGGCAGAAAAAGAAGGCCGAACUUACAAUUAUCAACACAGUGACUUUUUUGAGCAACAAUUGACCGCAUUUGAGACUUGGCUCCAGUAUAACUACACCGAUCUAUCCAAGCCUCCCCAGCAGCUACCUGUACUACUCCAAGUGCUUCUGUCACAGAUCCAUCGUUUACGAGCACUGGUACUGCUGUCUAGAUAUCUCGAUCUUGGGCCGCAAGCUGUCCAUAUUGCCUUGUCAAUUGGUUUUUUUAUUUAUGUUUUGAAACUGCUUCAGAGUCCUGCCCCAGAACUCAAGCCGGUUUUGGUGUUUAUUUGGGCACGUAUUAUGGCAGUCGAAGCUGAGGAUGUUCAGCACGAGCUGGUAAAAGAAAACGGUUAUUCUUAUUUUGUCAACAUACUCACUCAAAAUGCCAGCAGGGUAGCAGAACAACCUUCUGAAAUCGACGCUGAAGAUGAUGAUGCGGUGCCAUCGCAAGAGCACCUGGCUAUGUGUGCAUUCAUUUUAGCACAGUUCUGUCGUGAUUAUCCUCCUGGUCAACGUCUUUGUGCGGUUCCAGAACUUUUCUCUGCAUUGUCUGCUUUAAUGGCCCACGCAGAAUCACCAUUGCUACGUCAAUGGUGCUGUCUUUGUGGCAGUCAACUUUUAGAGUACUCUGAAGCUCGUGAGAUUGCACAAAACCAAGAAGACUCGUUCAUCGAUCAGUUGGUGGCUAGGCUAGACGACCCUAUCCCCGAGGUUCGCGCUACUGCUUUAGCUGGUCUUACUCCUGUUUGCAACGAGCAUAUUGCCAUCCGCGUAGUAGAUAUGGCACUCAAUGCAUCCCCAAUAGUUCGAAAGGAGGUUGUAGUUUUCUUCUCGCGCUUGGUAUACGAAAACAUGGGCUACUUUUUGGUUUGUGCCUACACCACCCUUGAGGAAGACUUUGUAAUGCUUCAAGAACGGCCGUCCCGUUCCGACUCGCCAGCCAUCGGAUCGUCAUGGCUAUCCGUAUGGAGGGUUUUACUUGUCCUCACCUUUGACCCUGACGCUAAUGUCCGCCAUGCUGCUGAGGAUGUUGUUGAUUAUGUGUAUAUGAAGUUGACCAAGACUCCUCUUUCUGGUGACGUUCAAAAGAUCUCUGACUUUAUUCUAAGCGCUAACCGUGAUGGCUCAGAAAGCCCCAUGCCUAGCCCUCAACCUCCCCCCCAAAGAGUAGUAUCUGGUCCAAUCUCUCCCCCAAUCAAUGGGAAUGGGCGCGCUACGCCCCCUCCCACUGGGAGCAGGCCAUCAAUAAUGAGGAGUAUGUCUGCACCUUUGAUUGAGACAGUUAAUAAACGAGGUGGUCAUCAAAAUGGUUCUGCGUACGCACCCAUGAACUCCAUGCUUCGAUAUGCCCGCACCUGGUUAAAGGGAGCGGAUUCACCUUCUACCCCACUAAACUUUGAAGCUUUCAAAACACAUGAUACUUGGCCAGUACCACCUUCUGCCGGUGAGCUAAAUCAUGACACACAGGCAGAGAUUGUUCUACCGCUGAAAUCCCACUUUUAUGACUGGUCUGUCGAGUAUUUCAAGGAACCUCAGCUGAGGGGAAUGGAGACUGAAGAGCCGGGUAGUCGUAAAUACUUGGAAAGAGUAUGGCGUAAAGGGCGAAAUGAACAAAUCCUGAGCCAAACUCAAGUUCAAAAGGAUCUGGCAGUGACGGGCACUUGGAAUAACGUGUUGACGACUGUUAAGCCCAGUCACGAGGCACACCGUAUGGCUUUCGCCCAGUUCGAGCCACAUCUGGUUGUGAGUGGUUUAACAGAUCGUGUGACUGUUUUUGAUUGGUCCAAUUCGUCGCGCUUGAACACUUUCAGUAAUGGCAAUGCCCCAGGGACCCAUAUUGAGGACAUAAAAUUUUUGAAUGAGGACGAUCACCCGAUGCUGUUGACAGCGUCGAACGACGGCAUGGCAAGAGUGUACAAGUCCUAUAACUCCAUCACUGAAAUUGAACUUGUGACAUCUUGGUGGCUCUUAGCCGAUGUCGUUCCCUCACGUAAGUUACCGCCAUUGAAAGUUGAAUGGCAGCAGAGUCGAGGAACCCUGCUGGUCGGCGGUGAUAUUCCUAUUAUCCGUGUUUGGGAUGCUGCAAGAGAACAAGCUAGUGACUAUUUGCCUGUGCGGACGGCUAGCCGUCUCACCUCACUUACUAGUGAUCAAGUUACAGGUAACCUUGUGAUCGCCGGUUUCCAAGAUGGAAGCGUUCACGUGUACGACCGACGUUUGCCCAAACAGCAAUCGCACAUUAGACAUUGGUCAGGUCAUAAUGCACCCAUAAUCAAUGCUCGGAUGCAGCGGGGCGGACCUCGCGAAGUUAUGACUGGAUCGUCAGAUGGCCUUGUCUGUUUAUGGGACAUUCGAGGCACCGAUCCGGUGGUGCGAUUCCAGGCCCAUACCAAAGAAAUGAGUUGUAUUGAUAUGCAUGAGCACGCACCAGUUAUUGUCACUGCGUCACGUAUUGUAGGUAUCUGGACCACCGCCGCCCGGCGGGUGGCUACCGUCAGACCCCCUAGCGGUUAUAUGGCGCGAGCAGAGAUUGUAAAUGCCGUCAAUUUCCACCCUCAUCGUAUUAUGAUGGCUGCAUCAACAGGUGACAUUGUUAAUGUAUUUCAAUGUAUAUAA